AUGGCACAACAAGAUCCUGAUAUUACUGCUGCAAUCCAGCCAUCAGGAGAAUCAACCUUAAAGGGAGCUGCUGCUAAGGCAAAAGAAGAGCUUGAAAAGCUUGUGAAUGUCAAAUUAGACAUUGCUGUUACUGGUCAAACAGGAGCAGGGAAGUCCUCCUUAGUAAAUGCAAUCAGAGGACUUUCUGAUGAUGAUCCUGGAGCAGCUCCAACUGGUGCGAAAGAGACAACAAUGGAGCGAAUCAUGUAUCUCCACCCCAAAAUGCCAAACAUAAGGAUCUGGGACCUGCCUGGAAUUUGGAGCCAAAACUUUAAAGCAAAACAGUACAUCAAGGAUGUCAAAUUCAACACUUAUGACUUUUUCAUCAUCAUUUCCUCAGAGAGAUUUAAAGAAAGUGACAUCAUGCUGGCCAAAAAAAAAAGGUUCUAUUCUGUUCGCUCAAAGAUUGAUAAUGACAUUCGCACAGAGAUGAGGAAGGCAGGAUUUAAUGAACAGAAUGUGCUCCUCAAGAUCAGAGAGGACUGUAAAAGGAAUCUGACAUAUUUUGGAGAUCCCAAAGUUUUUUUGAUUUCCUCUUUAGAACGUAAAGAAUAUGAUCUCGCUUUGCUUUAUGACACGCUGGAAAUGGACCUUCCAGAGAAUAAGAGUUAUGCUCUUCUUCAGGCCUGGCCAGUUUCCUCAGAAGAAAUUUUUAACAAGAUAGUGAAAAGGUUCCAAAAAUUGAUCUGGGCAUUAGCUUUUCUUUCUGCAGGUGUAGCAGUGGUCCCAGAUCCUGGGCUGUCAUCUGGCAUUGAUUCAAGUAUUGUGUUGUCUUUCUUUACCAGCUGCUACCAUGCAUUUGGCCUGGAUGAUGCUUCACUUGAGAGACUAUACAAAAAAACAGGAAAAAAUGUAAAGCCCUUACGAAAAUCAAAGUUUGUGUCCAGUCUUAAGAAUGACGCGAGUUCUUUGGUAGUUCGAAUUUCAGCUCUUGCUGUUGUUGAGUACAUCUCAAGUCUCAUUCCAGGUGUGGGCAGUGUUGCAGCAGCAAGUCUCUCCUUUGGCACGACCAAGAUGAUUUUAAAUCAGGCAUUAAAUGAGAUUGUAGAUACAGCCAGGGAAAUAAGGAAAGAGGCAGGAUUGGAGUGUUCAUAA